ACUUUUGAUGAUAUAUGGCUUUCAGAUGAUGAAGAAUACAAACCGGCUGCCACCGAAACCUAUGGUCGGGAUGAUAAUGGUCCUGUUCAUGUUGAUUUGUUGUCUUUGAAAAGAAAGCAUGCUAGACAAGGAUAUUUAGAUGGGAUUUCGAAGGCCAAAGAAGAAAGCUUGCAGCAAGGUUUUGACGAGGGAUAUCCUAUAGGAGCCAGGAUUGGAGCGCGGGUUGGUGAGAUAUUGGCUCAAAUGAGAAGUCUUUUGAAGUCAUCAAAAAUCUCAGCUGAAGACUAUGAUUCUGCAUUCCAUGAAUUGAACAUAAAAAAAGUACUACAAACAGACUUUUUUGAUACUAAGUUAAACAUGUUGGAUGAGCGAAAUCAUCCAAUAAUCAGGAAAUGG